AUGGCAAGUCUAGCAAGUCGGAAUAUUUUUGCUCUUCUUGGUGAUGACGAAGAUCUCGAGAGAGUUGAAAAAACCAGUGAAACUGCGACAACCCCUCAAAAUGAAACUGUGUUAGUUCAAAAACAGGUUGACAGGUCUCGUGCAAGUAAAAAAGAAGCAAGAAUUAAACAUGAUUAUCCUCAACGUGGAGGUUUUAAAAAUAGUGCUCCUAGAGGAAAUGAUGAUAAUAGAUCGGGGCCUCGUGAUCUUAAUGUAGGACCUCGUCUUCUUCCUGGUGGUCGUCGUGAUGGAGGAGGAAGAGGUGGUCGUGAAUAUGAUAGACAUAGUGCUUCUGGAAGAUAUGAUAGUGAAAAAAAAGAAAAUCAAGGCUGGGGUAAUAAUGGCAUUACUGCUGAUGAUAGUAACGCUGAAUCCCAAGAACAAACAAAUAAUUGGGGAGCAAAUGGUGAAAGUGGCUCAGGUAAAGUAGAAGAUCAACCGUGGGAAAUUAAAGAAAGUACUGAAGCUGAUGAUGCGAAAGGUGAAAAUAUCGGUGACGACGAGGCUGCCGCCAAACCUAUCGAACCUGAAGAAAUCGUUAAAACACUAGAAGAAUAUUUAUCUGAAAAAGCUCAAAAGACUCUUGACAUUUCACUUCCUGAAGCAAGAAAACCAAACGAAGGUGUUGACGAUAGUCAAUGGAAAGAUGCUGUACCUCUUGAAAAGAAAGAAGAAGAGGAUAUUUUAUUCUCUGGAAAGGAACAAUCUUUUAAAACCAAGAGUAAGAAUAAAAAGUCAAAAAAUUAUUUGGAAAUUAAACCAACUUUUGAUAAACCUGGAGGUUUUCAACGCGGAGGAGGUGGUCGCGGCGGCGGUGGCGGCGAGAGAAGUUAUGAUGAUCAUAAUAAUCGUCGUCGUGGUGGAGAUGGCGGUGGCAGCCGUAAUAAAUACGUUAAUAUUGAUGAUCAAAGAGCAUUUCCAAGCCUUGGUAAUCCUGUGCAGUUGUAG